UUGAGCACAGUCCUCACAGGUCCCGCCCCUGAUUGGAAUGGCCUGCAGCUGGUGACAGACCAGCAGGAACUCAGCUCAGCAGAUAACCCACUAUUCACCAAAGCAGUGCAACAACAUGUAAGAACUGAACUGUGGUUUCUGUGCUGGUGGAAGAUGGCAGUUAGGACAUUCUGGGCAGCAGUGCUGAUGACAUAUGGAGUGUCCAUGGGAAUUGCAAAGACCUCUGCAGAACCUGGGUUAAAAGUUCCACUGGAUUUGGCUCUAAACGCUGUUGAUGAUAUGUACACUGGUUGCAAAGACAAGAUGGAGUACAGAGUGAAGAAGGAGUACCUGGACAAUGAGAAAAACAAAGACAAGAAUUUCACCCUGGCCUGGGGCGAAGCAGAAAAAUACUACAACAAAAAAUGGCAUAAAAAGGGAAAGCGACCUUCCACCUCCCUGGGAAAAGAACAGAUCCUGGCUAUUUAUGUUUAUACCCUCGACAAACCAAAAGUCUAUCUUGAUUUCAAUGAUGCAGUUCGAACCCAGAGAUCUCAGUACAGGACCACAUUUAGAUAUCACACUCUUCACUAUUUCCUGACUGGCGCCCUCCAAACUCUCAACGCUCGCAAACCUGAAGAGGAAAGAUGUCUCACUGGCUACCGCAGAGUCAACAGCUACUUUAGCCAAAAUGUUCUCAACAAGGUGGUUCGCUUUGGCUCUUUUACCUCCAGCUCAAUGGGUUGGUACCCCAGCGCUGAAAGAUUUGGAGACAAGUCAUGCUUUGAGAUUUUCACAUGCCUGGGGGCAGAUGUGUCUCUGUACUCUAAGCUUGGAGAGGCAGAGAGAGAAGCCCUGAUUCCACCGUAUGAGGUCUUUAAAGUGACAAAGAUUAAGAGGAGAUCUGAUCAGAAGAGUCUUCCAUGUGAGGUGGUCUACAAAGUCAAAAGUACAGGAACAAGCCUUUCCAAUUUGAAUUGUGCUCUGUUCAAGCAGGCUCAUACAUUUAAAAUAUAAUAUGUGAUGUUAACUGAACAGCACCAGAUUAGCGAUUUCGCAUACUUAAAAUUCAUUUGGAUGUUACUGAAAUAAAGGCAUGAUGUCAUUUGCACUAGUCUGUUGAUAGACAUGUAGAAAAUGCCAGCAUUUUUACAUUUGAAUGACAAACUAUAAAAGCCAGACAGUCAGAUGUGAAACAGUUAAGGACACUUCUUGAGAUGUCUGUAACUAUUACAAUGCAGCUCUGUUCUGUUGUAUCAUCCAUGUCAUCUGGAAUAACAUGAAUCGAAUGAAUGGAGAAAAAAAAAAAAAAAAGUCUUGCGAACCUUUUAAAAAUGGAAUAAAAUACCUUUGUGUUUCAGAAA